AUGUUCGAGCCGUCCCCUAGAUCAUCUCAAACUGUUGAUCCACGACUUUAUGAAAAGUAUCAUCGAAGAGUAACAAAAAAAUUUGCCCAAAUAGAACAUGAACGAACAUACUCGCCUAAAGCUAAAUUGUUUAAAAUACUUAGGUUAUUCUCCUAUGGAGCUGUAGCAACAUAUGCAGUAUUAUACGCAGAUUUCGGUGAAAAAAAUCAUUGUUUUACUUCUAUAAGAGCAUGGUACGCACAGAAAAAGAAUGAUUUCUGGACUUUAAGCGAAAAAGAGGUGCAAGACUUGAAAGAACAAGGAAAAAUGUAA